AUGAGGCCGCAGCUCUCACCUCUGGCGGCGCUGCUCGUGCUCAUGGUGGUGCUGCCAAUGGGCGCCGCUGGCGCAGACAUACCGCAGCCUGCAGCGGGCCUGCAGCCGCCGGCGGACCCCUGCAGCUGCUCCUUCCAAAACGGCAUGUGGCAAUUUACAGACCGCGUGGGCAGCAACUGGGUGUCGGUGCCCGGCCCGGGCGCCUGCCAGCUGCAAAACCUGGUGGAUGGUCGAACGCGCAUAACACCGCCGCAGGCGACGGCGGCGGCGGCAGCGGCAGACGCAGGGGCAGCAGGUACCGCUGCGGCCACAGGCAUCAGCGCGGACGCUGGAGCGGGCGCGGCGGCGCUGGGCGGCGGCGCGGAUGCGACGGGGGCGCCGCUGGAUGUCCUUUUCUUUGGAGACAGCAUCGAUGCGUCGUUUCUGGAGUACUACUGCGACCUGCUGCAGCAGCGCCAUCCCGGCGCCGCCGUGGAGCGCACCGACGGCCACACCAUCCACCGCCUGCGCGCCGGCCUCAAUAGAUGCGUCGCGCCGGGCGCGGGCCUGCGCGUCUGGCACAAAUGGCACUUUGGCGUCCACGGAAACGGCCCCUUUUUUGAGGAUCGGCAGGGCAACGCAGAGCACCACCUCCGCCAGGCCAAGGCGGCGGUGCCAGGGGGGUCGCCCCACAUCCUCGUGAUUGGGUCUGGGCUCUGGGACGGCGCGAGGCUGGUCAGCAAGGUCAAUCGCAGCGCGGCGCCGGCGGUGCUGCCGCGGGAGUGGGUGGAGGGCUACCAGGCGAACUUCACGAGGAUGGUGGGCCUGGCAAGGUCCUUGUUCCCGGACUCUUUUGUAGUCGCCCACACCGCGCCGCGCGUGCGCCACGACGACCACGGCCGCGCAGUCGCGACGUUCAUCGGCCACCAGGCGUGGUACAGCCAGAUGAAUGCUGCGCUGCGCCAGGUGGCGCCCUCGCUGCAGCUGCCCCUGGUCGACUUUGAGCUGAUGGCGUCGCCCCUUGGGUUCAGCACGUACCUCAAGGUGGGCCAGUGA